GCCGCGCGCAGCGACCACCAGUGUAGCAGGAUGGGGCGCAGAGAGUUGGCCGCGCUGCUGCUAGGGCUCUCCGUGGCCCUGGGCUCCUCUCACUCUUAUGUCCUCCCCCUCCUGGGGCUCUCCGUGGCCCUGGGCUCCUCUCACUCCUACGUCCUCACCGACGCAGAGGGCCUGGGCAGAGUUUUUGACGGAAUCGGAGGUUUGAGCGGCGGAGGGGCGACGUCCCGGUUACUGGUGAACUAUGCAGAGCCGUACCGCAGCCAGAUACUAGACUUCUUGUUUAAGCCGAACUUUGGAGCCUCUCUGCACAUACUGAAGGUGGAGAUAGGAGGAGACGCUCAAACUACUGAUGGAACGGAGCCGUCACACAUGCACUACGAGAACGAUGAGAACUUCUUCCGAGGGUACGAGUGGUGGCUGAUGAAAGAGGCCAAGAAGAGGAACCCAAAUAUCACACUCAUAAGUUUGCCCUGGGCGUUUCCUGGCUGGGUGGGCCGUGGUAAGAACUGGCCCUAUGACUUCCCAGACAUCACUGCAGCAUACGUGGUGAACUGGAUCCUCGGGGCGAAGCAGUACCAUGACCUGGACAUUCAGUAUGUUGGGAUUUGGAACGAGCGAAGCUAUGACAGCAAGUACAUCAAGGUGCUCCGGAACACGCUGGAUAAAGUUGGUCUCACCGGUGUUGGCAUCAUUGCAGCAGAUGGCGAUUGGAGCAUCGCUAAUUCAAUGCUCGUUGACCCCCAGCUUAAUGAGUCUGUUGAGGCCAUCGGGGCCCACUACCCGGGCACCACCUCGGUGAAGGAGGCCCUGAAGACACAGAAGAAGCUGUGGUCGUCGGAGGACUACAGCACUUUCAACGACGAGGUGGGGGGAGGCUGCUGGGCUCGCAUCCUCAACCAGAACUACGUCAAUGGACUCAUGACGGCCACCAUCUCCUGGAACCUGGUGGCCAGCUACUACAAGGAUCUGCCAUUCAGCAGAGACGGGCUGAUGACGGCUGAGGAGCCCUGGAGCGGCAACUACGUGGUGGAGUCUCCAAUCUGGAUCACAGCCCACACCACACAGUUCACCCAGCCAGGAUGGACCUACCUGCAGACUGUUGGACAUCUGACAGGAGGUGGAAGUUAUGUAGCGCUCACUGACGGGAAAGGAAACCUCACCGUUGUCAUAGAGACCAUGACUCACGAUCAUUCAGUGUGCAUAAGACCCCCGCUCCCUCCCUUCAAUGUGACUUCCCAGAAUGCAACUUUCCAGCUGAAGGGAUCCUUUGCCUUCAUAAAGGAGCUCCAAGUGUGGCGCUCACAGUUUAACUUCAAGAGCAAAAAGUCCUCCUUCUUUCAGAAGCUAACGCCACAGAAGCUUCAAGAUGGAUCAUUCACGUUGGAGCUGGCUGAAGAUGAGGUUUACACGUUCACCACACUUCCAACAGGGCAGAAAGGCCGCUUCCCUGCCCCCCCGCCCUCUGCUCGCUUCCCUAAAGUCUACAAGGACGACUUUAACGUCCGAAACCCCCCCUUCUCAGAGGCUCCAGACUUCGCUGACCAGACGGGGGUGUUCGAGUACCACAUCAACAUGACCGACCCCGGACCUCACGUCUUUACCCUACGACAGGUUGUGACUGAGAGGCCCGUCACAUGGGUGGCUGACGCUGACCAGACCAUCAGUGUCAUAGGAGACCAUCAGUGGGCCGACCUGACGAUCACGUGCGACGUCUUCAUGGAGAGCGUGAAGGCCGGUGGCGUGUUCAUAGCAGCCCGGGUGGACAAAGGAGGCCAGGCAGUCCGCAGCGCUAAAGGGGUCUUCUUCUGGGUGUUUGCAGACGGCACAUACAAAGUUACCAACGAUCUCGCUGGACAGACGGUACUGGCGGAGGGAAAGUCUGGAACCCGAGCGUAUGGUUGGCACACUGUAUCCCUCACUGUGGAAGGUCAGUAUGCGUCGGGGCAGCUGAAUGGAUACCCGCUGUGGAGGAAUGCUGUGGUACUGACACCAAAGAGCGGCUGGGCUGCCAUCGGAACCCGCGCCUUUGAACUGGCUCAGUUUGAUAACUUUGCUGUGGUGGCAGAAUACUGAUUUCACUGUGAAAACAAUAUUUAUGAGGAUGUGGUGACCCAAGAAUUAAGAGAAAAGGAAAAGGGCACACAAUGUAAUUUCAACACUGAUAUAAUUGUAAAUCAUGCACAGUUUUUUAAAUAUUUGUUUAUAGUUUGCUUUUUAAUGAUUUUAAAAAU